AGCCGGAUCUGGUGGUUUCCUGCAGCAUCAGCGCUUCGCCAGUCACCAGUGAGGUGGAGAUGGCCGGCACAAGGGGAGCAGAGGAUCUGUUUGACAGCAUUCUCCUGGCGGAUGAAAGGUUCCGUGGCGAGGGUUUCCAGGAGGGCUUCGAUAUGGGGACCCACCGAGGUCUGCGGGAUGGCCGCAGGCAUGGAGCUUCUCAUGGAGCCAGGCUAUCCUCUGAGAUCUCCUUCUAUCGUGGUUUCGCUGUCGCGUGGAAAUGUCUCCUCCAGCAUAACACUGAUGACAAAUCAAGGAAGCGUCUGAAGGCCCUUGAAUCUCUUCUGGGGUUGAUCCAAAGCUCUCACCUGGAUGAUCCACAGUCAGCGAAGCUGCAGGAUGACACAGAGAAGCUCCGAGCCAAGUUCAGACAGGUCUGUUCAAUGCUGAGCGUCCCCACAGACUUCAAGGACUACUUGAAAACAGCUGAGGGGAUGUCAUUCUGAGAUGAUGAAGAUGAUGCUGCUGAGGAUCGGGAGCAGCUGGAGUGUCCCAGUCGGAGGAAUGGAAGCUCAGCAUCGGCCUGCAGUGGAGUGGUUUUAUUGAUGGGGAUGUGAAGCUGGGCCGUUCUGAUGGUGGAAGAUGUAGAAAGUCUGUGAUCCUCAGUCUGCUCUGCUCUGGUUAGAAUCCAGACUCUGGGAUCAGGAGGAAGAAGUGGUGUGUAUGGAAGUGUAAGAGCAGCUUUAUUGCACACAUCUGGGUGGGGCUGCUUUCGGCUUUGCUUCUACAGCUCAGAGCCUGAAUGGGCCGUCGGUAGAAGCAGCAUCUGUGAAGGACUUCAUCACCUCACAGAAACCAGAAGCUGUCACAUGACUGCAGUGGUGUGGUAGAGUGAUCUGAUAAAAGAUCGGUUUACAUUUAUUAAAAGCUUCCUGUUUGCUGUACCUUUUAAUAAAGUGACAUUUUAAACCUUAAGCUGACUGAGGAGUCGUUGGAUUGUGAAGUGACGCUGCGAUACUCCAGUCUUUCAGUCCUUGAAUCAGGUACUCCCUACUCAGGUCAGUUUUAUGACUGGGGGGCCGUUUCACAACAGAAGCCAUCGGACGCCUUGCAAAGAAGCCAGAUUUCAGAUCCUGAGAUGUUUUGACACACCUGACUGAAUGAAUCGUUACCAGCUUGCAGAGACAUGAUGAGGAGGUGCAUUAACCUGAAUCAGGUGUGCUGGAGGAACACAUGUAGAACAUGCAGGGAAAAGGGUCCUGAGGACCUGGACUGAGAAACACCGGAACAAAGGAUGAGGGCUGAGAUCUCACAUGACCAAACAUGAUCUAACAAAAACAAAGAAGAAGAACCAUGGCAACAACCGGAAAACAACACCCAGCAUGGAAGAGGACAUAUACGACGAGGGAAUGAUGGUGGUCUUGGGACUAUUGUUAAGAGAAAAGUCCAGAACUGAGAAUAACAACAGACUGGAGACGGCGUGAACACGGACUUUACAUCCUUCCUUGUUCUCCAGUCAGCUCGCUCUCUGAUUGGCUACGAUUCAUUCCAUGUCACCGUUCACACAGUCACAACUCAGGAGUCGUCGGCUUUCCGAACACCUAAAAGUUUUGGUGGUAAAGAUUGAACAUGUUCAGUACUUUCCUUUUGUCUGCCACAAGCCGUUUCAGAGCUGAUUGUCAAGAUUAAUUAGCUCUUAACGCACCUCAGACCACAGGAUGAUCUUUGUGUACCCAGCUUAAAGGGACGGUUGAGUUGAUGGAGCCAGUCCUGACUAUAUCCAAGAGAAGGGUCUGACAGCUAAGGGCCCUGCCUCCCCUACUCCUACUGUAAGAAGCUCUAGACCAGGGGUGUCAAACAUGCAGCCCACGGGCCAAAGCCGGCCCCCCAGAGGGUCCAGUCUGGCUCCUACGAUAAUUUGGCCAAUGUGACAAUGACAUUUACCACAUUUUAUUAAUAGAAUCCACUUUAAUCCCUAGUUUGCCUGCUGGGGGUGUAUUUUGUGUUUAAAUGUAAAACAUCUCCAAGGCAGGAGAUAACUGUCAAACAUAAAAUGUUGCUGAAAAGCAAUUUAUUUUUCUCAAGAAUAUUCA